GUACUGUUGCACUGUGUUAGCGGGGAACAGGAAGUUCCGGGCAGGCGCGCACCAGUCUUCAGUUUAGAGAAAGCGCCAGAACUGUGCAGUUAAGAAGAUAACCUUUGUGUCCGUUUCAAUUUAUCACUACAGGUAUGAGGCCGGUAACAUCAACAGUGAGGACAAACCCAGGCUGCCUCUCUCCUUCCACACGGAGUCCAAACCUACAGUCACUCGGUCCUGCUUGUGACAGUGGAGCCCAGUUUGCACUGCAGGAUCCAGAGAUGGCAUCAGUGAAGCUGGAAGACUGCAGUCAAACACUGGAGCUGAAUGUCAACAUUAAAGAUGAAGAAGAGGAGGAGAAGAUUGGGAAAUCUGUUUCUGAUGGAGACAAUGUUGAGACAUUCUCUACAUCCAGAGAGCAACAGCAUGAAGAUCACAGAGCUAAGAGGUCUCACCACUGCCCACAUUGUGAGGAGCUUUUCCCAAUUCUAUCAAAGCUAAAAAUACACCUAAAAAUACACACAGGAAAGAAUCUGUAUCCCUGCUCUGACUGUGGGAAGAGAUUCACAACAUCAGGGUCUCUGACAGUUCAUCAGAGAUUGCACACUGGAGAGAAGCCGUACUCCUGCUCUGACUGUGUAAAAUGCUUCACAACAUCCGCUCAUCUAGAAGUUCAUCAGAGAACACACACAGGAGAGAAGCCUUACUCCUGCUCUGACUGUGGAACGAGUUUCUCUCUACUGUGCAACUUAAAAACACAUGAACAUAUACAUACAGGAGUGAAGCCUUAUUCCUGCUCUGACUGUGGAAAGAGUUUCUCUCUACUGUGCAACUUAAAAACACAUAAACGUAGACAUACAGGACUGAAGCCUUACCCCUGCUCUGAAUGUGUAAAAUGCUUCACAACAUCAACUGAGCUAAAAGUUCACCAGAGAACACACACAGGAGAGAAGCCUUACUCCUGCUUUGACUGUGGGGUGAGUUUCUCCCAACGGUGCACCUUAAAACAACAUGAACGUAUACACACAGGCGAGAAGCCUUACUCCUGCUCUGACUGUGGAAGGAUUUUCUCUCAACCGGGCCCCUUAAAAAGACAUGAACGUAUGCAUACAGGAGUGAAGACUUACUCCUGCUCUGACUGAUUUAAAAUGCUUCACAACAUCAGGUCAGCUAGAAGUUCAUCAGAGACCAGACACAGGAGAGAAGCCUUCUGCUCUUAAUGUGGCAAGAGUAACUCAAGUGAAAGUCACCAAGUAGAAUACUACUUGAGUAAAAGUUUUUGGUUGUAAAUAUACUUAAGUAUUAUAACUAAAAGUAUGAAUCAUUUCAAAUUUCUUAAAUUAACCUCUACGGGUUGGGUGUCCCUAAAACGGGACGGUUGUUGCUAAUGUGACUAUAAUGACGUUGUAUACAACAGCCAACUUUUCGGGGACAUAGACACAUAUUUUAUAUGGGCAGAAAGCUUAAAUUCUUGUUAAUCUAACUGCAUUGUCCAAUUAACAGUAGCUAUUACAGUGAAAAAAUACCUUGCUAUUGUUUGAGGAGAGUGUACAACAACAACUUAUCACUGCAACUGGUUUGAUACCUUCACCUCUGAAGGUAAAUAGUGUACCUACAUUCAGUAAUGUUGCUCUGAUUUGUCAUCUUGAGGGUCCUAGAGAUAAAAUGUAGCAUAGUUUAGUUUGAUAAAAUCAGUUUUUAUGUUCAAAUAUAGAUACAGGGUUCUACAUUUUGAACCCCUGCUGUCUCUUUGCUUCAGGCGCUGUGCUACAGGCAGUUAGAUUUGGGUAUGUCAUUUUAGGGGAAAAUGUCAAUAAAAAGGGUAAGAUCCUUAAAAGGUUUUUAAGUGAACCAGACGACACAAUUGUUUUUUUUUAAAUUACGGCUAGCCAGGGGCACACUCCAACACCAUUUACAAAUGGAGCAUUUGUGUUUUAGUGAGUCUGUCAGAUCAGGCAGUAGGGAUGACCAGGGAUGUUAUCUUGAUAAGUGUGGUAAUUGGACCAUUUUCUGUCCUAGUAAUCAUAUAAAAUGUAACUAGUACUUUUGGGUGUCUGGGAAAAUGUAUGGAGUAAAAAGUACAUUUUCUUUAGGAAUUUAGUUAAAUAAAAGUAAAAAUUGGCAAAAAAAUAUAAAUGGUAAAGUACAAAUACCCCAAAAACUUCUUAAGUAAAAAUGAUUUAAAGAACUACUUUACAUCACUGCCUGCAUCCAUGCCGUGUGUCAGCAUUGCAGGCUGGUGGUGUGAAGGCGUGUGGGGUGUGUUUUCAGGGCACACAUUGGGCCCCUUGAUAAAAGUUGAACAAUGUUUGAAUGCCACAGGAUAUCUAAACAUCAUUCCCAAUCAAAUUUGAUUUGUCACAUACACAUGGUUAGCAGAUGUUAAUGCGAGUGUAGCGAAAGGCUUGUGCUUCUAGUUCCGACAAUGCAGUAAUAACCAACGAGUAAUCUAACCUAACAAUUUCACAACAACUACCUCAUACGCACAAGUGUAAAGGGAUGAUGAAUAUGUACAUAAAAAUAUAUGAAUGAGUGAUGAUACAGAACGGCAUUAGCAAGAUGCAGUAGAUGGUAUAAGUACAGUAUAUACAUAUGAGAUGAGUAAUGUAGGGUAUGUAAACAUUAUAUUAAGUGGCAUUGUUUAAAGUGGCUAGUGAUACAUUUUUACAUAUGUUUUUCCAUUAUUAAAGUGGCUGGAGUUGAGGUGCAUCCCUUCAUGGCAGCAGUGUAUCCAUCUGCAAAAUGAUUUUUUUUAGCAGGAUUAUGCCACAAGGCUUGUCCAGGAAUGGUUCCAAGAACAUGACAAUGAAUUCAGAUUACUCAGUUCACUGUAAUUGUGCAUCUGUGGGAGGAGAUGGAACGAGCAAUUCGGAGUAGAUCCACACUUGACACAAUUGUAGGAAGCAUUGGAGUCAACAUGGGCCAGCAUCCCUGUGAAACGCUCUCAACACCUUGGAGAGUCUAUGCCCCAAUGAAUUGAGGCUGUUCUGAGGACAAAGGGGGGUGCAACUCAAUAUCCAAAAGGUGUUCCUAAUGUUUUGUACACUCAGUGUAUAUCAGAUAAAGAUGGUGUGAUGAUCAGUGUUUAGCGUUAGUUUGGGUGGAUUAUUUUAUAUUACUAAACAACUUUUGUUUAAUGAUACUUGUUUAUUAAUUAGUAUUUUAAUAUUAGAAUCAUUAUUUUAGUCAUUGAUGAUGAAUGUAUUUGAAUAACUGUAUUGAAGUUAAUUAAUCUGGCGGCAGGUAGCCUAGCGGUUAAGAGUGUUGGGCCAGUGACUGAAAGGUCGCUGGUUUGAAUCCAGAGCCGACGAGGUGAAAAGUCUGUCAUUGUGCCCUUGAGCAAGGCAAUUAACCCUUAUUUGUCCUGUAAGUCUCUGGAUAAGAACAUCUGCUAAAUGACAAGAAUGUAAUGAAAAAAAAAAAUUGUACAUGAAUUUAUGCUGGGCAAACACUUUUUUCUCUCAAAUGAAAUAAACUGUUUGAAGUGAAAUACUGAAUAUACAAUACACAACAUUACCACUUUGUUGACCCUGGUCAGAGGUACAGGACCAUAGUAAACUAGACUAUGUAGCUACUGUUAGUAGACUACAGUUUCCAUGUAAUACAGCAUGUCAGAUCCCUAAUGAUUAGGUGUAUAGGCUGAUACAUUUCUGCUUGUGCCUGCGGGAGUGAUGUGUUAUCAGGCUAAAUAACUACCAGAGGGAAGUGGAGAGCGCGCCUUGAGCUUUGUGGGUUGUGCCCGGCCCGCCCAACAUGGUCAAGAGAGGCAAAGGGCCUGCAGCAGCACUCUGAUGUGAAGAACAGCCCUUACAAAAAUGUAAGAUUGUAGUACAAUGAACAAAAUAUAGCAUGGUAUUUUCUUGGGAUGGCAGUGACCUAAAAACAAUAUAUGUUUUCCAUUGUACUAGAGGCAGGAACAUAGAGGAAACUGCCAGAUGUGUCAUAAUAGCCUGGAAGUAAAGCCGCACUGAGAGACACAUUUGAAAUGGAAUACAUUGAAUACAUGCAGCAGGGUGAAACAAUCACAGUAAAACAUUAUUUAAAUGUAUUGUUGGAAGGACUGUGGUCUCCAUUCAUGUAAUACAAUAAAUAUAUACAUCAGAUGGUA